UAGGGGCAGUCCCUACCGACUCGCACUUCUGACACAGUGAAUUAGAAUUAAACCUGUGUUAAGCACCAGGAAGCUGCCGCAUGGGUGUUUCUCAGAUUUGUAUCAGGAUCCUGGCCUAGUCUGGGAGUUCUCCUUGAGAAAAUGAGCUUUCAGAGAAUGCAAUGAAGAAGAGCUACAGAGAGUGCAAGGAGGCCACUUAAGGGGUGCUGCACUAGUCUUAACCUUAAUUAGGGUGAUGAGAGGAUGAUGGUGAAGACACUUAGCAGGCCUCAGACUGCUUCUGAAGUGGAGAGCAUUGAAUAAACCCAGGAUUCCUUCCUGGGAACUGGGUACUUGUCUUCGAAGAGUAGAGCAUCUUUGCAGAAGCCCAUGGAACUAGGAUUUGAGGCACAGAGUGAAGGUUGGCUGCUAGGUGCCAAGCCUGAUGCUGGCAAUGGGGAGCUGAAUGGAUAAACAGAGAACUUAUAGAAAUGCUGGCAAUUUCAAGAAACCAAAAGUUGUUGCCGCCUGAUGAGGAAAACCAGGUCCUGGAGUUGUUAAUUCAUAGAGAUGGGGAAUUUCAAGAACUGAUGAAGUUGGCACUUAAUCAGGGAAAAAUCCAUCAUGAAAUGCAAGUUUUAGAAAAGGAAGUGGAGAAGAGGGACAGUGAUAUUCAGCAACUACAGAAACAGCUAAAGGAAGCAGAGCAAAUACUGGCAACAGCUGUUUACCAAGCAAAAGAAAAACUCAAAUCAAUAGAAAAGGCAAGAAAAGGUGCCAUCUCCUCUGAAGAAAUAAUUAAAUAUGCACAUAGAAUAAGUGCAAGUAAUGCUGUGUGUGCUCCACUGACCUGGGUUCCAGGGGACCCACGGAGACCAUACCCAACUGAUUUAGAGAUGAGAAGUGGAUUAUUGGGUCAAAUGAACAAUCCUUCCACGAAUGGUGUAAAUGGUCAUUUACCAGGGGAUGCACUUGCAGCAGGCAGAUUGCCAGAUGUCCUUGCUCCGCAGUACCCAUGGCAGUCAAAUGACAUGUCAAUGAAUAUGUUACCACCAAAUCACAGUAAUGACUUCUUGUUGGAACCUCCGGGGCAUAAUAAAGAAAAUGAAGAUGAUGUAGAAGUUAUGUCAACAGACUCCUCGAGCAGUAGCAGUGACUCUGAUUAAAAACAUAAAAGACACAAUUCAUACAGAAUUGAAUACCAUGGGGAGCACUUGGGUGGCUCGGCUGAGUGUCAGACUCUUGAUUUUGGCUCAGGUCGUGAUCUCAGGGUUGUGAGGUUGAGCCCCGUAUCUGGCUCUGUGCUGGGCAUGGAGUCUGCUGAAGAUUCUCUGAAGAUUCCCCCUGCCUCUCUCCCUCUCUAAAAACCAAACAAAACAGAAUUGAAUGCUGUGGAAUUCUGUUUUCUAAAACUAUUGUAAACCUGUAAAAAAUAGCUGGGUAAUACUGGCUAUAGCGGAAUGGUGCGUCCCAUCAAGAAUCACUGGACUUUUCUUUUAAAAGCCAAAAAUCAUGGUUUCAGUUCUAAACCACUAAAUGAAUAUUUAAAGAAUAAUCAAAAUUUAUUGUUGGGAAAAAAAUUACUCAGUGCUGUUCUAUGCCAUUAUAUUCCAGUUAUGUUGGACUUGUACAUAGUAGGUCUGGAAAUACACGUUGAGGGAAGUGACCGCUGUACAUACACUAAUCAGCCCCUGGAAUUAGUUAGAAAAGCAUUUUAAAUAAGGGCAGUGGAUCACUGAAUGUCUAUCAUAUCUCAGAAUAACAAAACCCUCAUUUUAAAGUGAAGGCUGGUAGCUUCGGUCACAGUAACGGGGGAAAUUGUCUCAAUUUGUACUAUCUGUAAUUAUUGUAAGUUUUGUAAAUAAACUCUCUUGUUUGUACUCUG